CUCUGUAGGUCCGCUCACACACAUCCACUUCACAGUCUGCUCUGCCUGCUGAGUGCUUCCUCUCUGAGUGCUAUCCUCACUGCAGCUUUUGUCUGCUUGUGGCAAAAAAAGGAUUCAGCAGCAUCAGGAUGAAAAGAAAACCUAACAUGAAGAAAAGGAGGACUUUACAAAUGUAGUCUCUGUAUUGGCUUGCCUGAUGGCUGGUGUACGACCUUCUUGCCUGACCCCUGCCACACUAGUCUCCAUGGUAAUGAAGAGCUGAUGGGUUUCUUGGGGUUUUUUGUCCACUGCUGUAUGCUUCACAUGAAAAAGGGUGGACCUCUCAUUGCAAGAUGAUGUAGAAGUAACGGGAAGCAUGUACAAUGACCACCAUGGUUUGCAACGACACGAGGAGCAACGGACAGGAAGCACAGCUGAUCUAUGCCAUCACUCUGCCUCUGUCCGCCACCAUCAUCCUGGCCAAUCUACUGAUCAUUUUGGGCAUUGCCUGUACUCGCCAGCUCCACAACCCCCGUAACUACUUGUACCUGAGCCUGCUGGUGGCUGAUCUGUGCAUGGGCGUGGCCUUGCCCUUUAUCCCCUGGAUGAGCCUGAUCCGUCCUCUUGGCUUCUCCUCCUGCCUGAUGGUACACAUCUUCCCCAACUUCCUAUUCCUGGCCUUUAUUUUUAACCUGGUGCUGGUAUACUAUGAGCGCUACCUGAGUAUUGUCAGCCCGCUGCUACCAGGCCACUUCUGGCCACGUAGCCGCUUUGUUCCAGCCCUGCUGGCCGUGUGGUUGCUCCCUCUGGUCUAUGCCUUGCUGCCCGCUUUUGGCUGGAACAACAGGUAUGGGCUUGACAAGGUCGGCAGUGGUUGCUGUCCUGCAGCCAAUGACACAGUCCACCCCGGCUGUCCUGUGGCCAUACCUAAAGACAACUGUUGCAUAUACCAUAAUGUCUUUCCAGAUACCUUCAUCUACUUGGAGGUUUAUGGCCUGCUGGUGCCUGCCAUUGUCUCCAUUGCUGCCAUGACUGGCCGGGUUCUGUGGAUCACACGGGGUCAGAUGAGGGACAUUCAGCGGCAGCAGCGGGCCGUGAACAGCGCAGAGCAGCGGCGCAAGCUGGAGCUGCGCUAUGCUCGCUGCGUGGCCACUGUCUCCCUGGCCUUCCUUGCCUGCUGGUUGCCGUACAUCGUCUACACACAUUUGUGCAUGGUCUUCCUGCAGAAUCAUGAACCACAGGUCAACCGCACUGCCCACAUUGUGCUCUCUUGCACUGGUGUGGGUGGCAUGUCCACAGUGCCACUCCUCUUGGGUCUUGCCAACAGGGAGUACACCAACCCUGCCAGGAGACUGUUGCGCAAGGUGUGGCACCGCUGGCACAGGACGCAGCAACAAAGGGAUGUUAACCUUCAGAUGUUUCACAGUUAAAACUGGGCAUUGACAGUGGAUGGCACUGGAUUAUUGGAUAUCAAUAUAUUAAUGAGCAGAGUGAUCUACAGAGAUUAUAUGUGAAUUGUUUUGUAGACUUGAGUUAUACUCCUCUGUAUUUCACUGAAAAGAUUUGAGGCUUGAUACUUUCUUGCUGGUUUAUUCCCUUUCAAAUCUCCAGAUUUCAGAAAAGAUCAUCUCACAUUUGCUUAAUUCACACAGGAAAUAAUAGCAUUUUGAGUCUUUAAAAAGUGGGUGUGGCCAUAAUGCUUGCAGUUUUCAAUUUAAAAGUAGUAUUUUCCCAACAUUACAUGUACAAACCCUAUUUCAAAAAACUUAGGACAGUAUGGGAAAUACUAAUAAAAACAGAAAGCAGUGAUUCAGUUUGACCUGCAUUUCAUUGAAAACUAUUUAUAUUGUUUUACCUUAUGAACUUUGUUUUAAUAAAUAUAUGCUCAAAUUUGAUGUCUGCAAAUGUUCUAACAAAGUUUGGACAGGAGCAGUUUUUCCACUCUGUUACAUCACAUUUCCUUUUAACAGCCUUUAAUAGUCAGUUGGAGACUGAAGACACAAACUGAUCCAGUUUUGAAAGCAAAAUUUUUCCCAUUCUUUUGGUAUACAAGUGUUCAGCUGUGCAACUGUACAGGGCCUGUGUUCAGUGGUAAUGGUCCCUUCACGUAUGUGCAGGUUACCCACUAAUAACCUUCCACUGUGCAUAGUACAGUCUUAAUUUGUAGUUGGGCAGUUGAGAGACGGUAUUUAUUGACAAGAAUUUUUCAAAGUAUUCCUGAACCCAUGUGGUGAUAUCCAUCACAGAAACAUGACGGAUUUUAACGCAGUGAGGUCUAAAUGGUCGCACAAAGAGAUUUCCCUGGAUUCCCUAAAUCUUUGGAUGAUAUUAUGCACUGUAGAGGGUGAAAUACUUACAGUCCUUGCAAUCCCUGGCUGAGGAACGUUAUGUGGAUUUUUUGCUCAUUUUUGGCAAAGUGGUGAGCCUGGACCCAUCCUUGCUCACAAAGGAAUUGGCCUUUCCUGGGUGCUCCUUUUAAAUUCAAGCAUGAUUGCAUUACCUGCUUAAGAUGUUUUUAAACAUUUUAUAAUAUUCUUAAUCUUAAAUUAGCUUCUGUCCAGCUUUUUUAGAACAAGUUGCAGGAAUCAAUUUCAGAAAGAGUGUAUAUUUACAGAAAAACAGUGAAAUUGAUAAGAUAAACCAUGAAAUAUCUUGUCUUUGUAUUGUUUUUGUUCAA